UGCUGCAGGAGGGCCCGAAGCGCUCAGCUCUCAACCUCUCAUGCUGCCUUUUCAUACGCGUACACGUUUUGUUUGUCCUUUUGCUUCUUCUGCACACCCCGGACCCCCGAAUCCCCGUAGAAAGGAUUGUUGGCCUGAAGCCACGUCUCCCCUGGCGGAGCUCGCAGCGACCAUUGCAUUGUAAAUGGAGCUGAUGUAAAAAUAGUGCGAGCAUCAGAGAGGCUGUGGUGUUGGAUGGCAGGGGGAGAGAGUUGCUUCUUUAUGCUGCUUUCUUUCUCUCCUCAAUUCUCACCCCUAACCCGUGUUCGAAACCCUCACCUCCCUUGAACAGACAUUCUUUGGGGAUGGAAAGAGACUGAAAUUAAGAUUUUUUUUUUCAAGUUGGAGUGAGUUGGUUCCAGUUAAUCGCAGGAAUACUGCCAACGAACACAAGUUUUUUUUUUCUCUCUCACCCGAUCUUCGUCCGUCUAAAAAUAAAACCGGCAGCGACUCUGCUCGAUGGUCGACGCUGUGUGGGGAGCCGGUAACUCCGGCCACCAUGCGAGACCUCCUGUGCGUCUCAUCAGAAUGGAGUAUAAUAUGGGAUUCUGGAAGUCCAUCAGUAACGGCUUCAGUGCACAAGAUGUUUUCCAUGAUGUUGCAGCAUCGGUCUCCCCCACUUUCGCCCAUCAUUUUGCAUAUCGCCAAGAGGGCAAAUUGGCAGAUACUUACAAAGCUGGAGGCACGAUACGGGUUUACUUACCGAACAAGCAGCGCACAGUGGUGAACGUGCGAUCAGGUAUGACUGUACACGACAGUCUCAAGAAGGCUUUGAAAGUCCGAGGUCUUCAGCCAGAUUGCUGUGUGGUCUUCAGGCUACCACGAGGAUGCCCAAAGUACCGUAUUGAUUGGACCACAGAUGCGACCUCCUUGAUUGGUGAAGAGUUGCUGGUCGAGGUCCUGGAUCAUCUCCCGUUGACCACUCAUAACUUUGUUCGGAAAACCUUUUUGAAGCUGGCAUUCUGUGACAUCUGCCAGAAGUUCCUGUUGAAUGGGUUUCGGUGCCAGACCUGUGGUUACAAGUUCCAUGAGCACUGUAGCACCAAGAUCCCCACCAUGUGCAUCGACUGGAAUAACGUCAGAGCCUAUCAAGCUGGCACGCCGUACUCCAGGCUGUUCUCAUCCUCGAAUAGUGAUGGCGUUGUGCCAUCUAUUACUCAGAUGACUACACGCCGGGUUCGUGAGUCCCUUUCACGCCUUCCUGAAAGCUUGCAGUAUCGGUAUUCCAGUUCCCAUGCCUUCAACUGCCCUCUGCCUUUCUCAUCUACAGAAGGACUGCUCUGCCAGAGGCAAAGGUCCUCAUCCACUCCCAAUGUCCAUAUGUCCAGCACCAACAUGCCGAUAGAUAACAGUAUUAUUGAGGAUGCAAUAAGAAGUCAUACUCCAAGAACUCCUUCAUCAACAAUGUCCAAUAGUCCACCCAGCCUCAGCCCAACACGCGAUUCUAAACAAAAGUCUCCCGUUCAGACGCACAGAGACAGAAGACCAUCAGCAACAUCUGAAGGAACAAAGAAAAUACGACCUCGAAUUCAACGCGACUCCAAUUACUACUGGGAAAUAAAAGGGGAGGAAGUUGUAUUAUUGAAGAGAAUUGGCACUGGAUCUUUUGGAACAGUAUUUAAAGGAAAAUGGCAUGGUGAUGUAGCUGUGAAGAUUCUAAGGGUGACUGAUCCAACACCAGAACAACUCCAGGCUUUUCGCAAUGAAGUCCAGGUCCUAAGGAAAACACGGCACGUAAAUAUUUUGCUAUUUAUGGGCUACAUGACGAAGUUUAACCUGGCCAUUGUCACCCAGUGGUGUGAAGGCAGCAGCCUCUACCAACACUUGCAUGUCCAGGAAGUCAAGCUGGAGAUGUUUCAACUGAUCGACAUUGCUCGACAGGGAGCCCAAGGAAUGGAUUACUUACAUGCAAAGAACAUCAUCCACAGAGACAUGAAGUCAAACAAUAUAUUCCUUCACGAAGGCCUCACUGUGAAGAUUGGAGAUUUUGGUUUAGCCACUGUGAAAUCUCGAUGGAGUGGGUCUCAACAAGUAGGGCAGCCAACGGGAUCCAUUCUGUGGAUGGCACCAGAGGUCAUCCGAAUGGAGGAAAUUAAUCCGUAUAGUUUUCAGUCUGAUGUCUAUUCGUACGGUAUUGUGCUGUUUGAGCUGAUGACAGGAGAGCUGCCGUACUCUCACGUAAACAACCGAGAUCAGAUUAUUUUCAUGGUGGGCCGAGGUUUUUUAACGCCUGACCUCGGUAAACUCUACAAAAAUUGCCCAAAAGCAAUGAAAAGACUUGUAGCAAACUGCUUGAACAGGAACAAGGAUGAGCGGCCUCUCUUUCCCCAGAUUUUAUCUUCCGUUGAAUUAUUACAACAUUCAUUGCCCAAAAUCCAUCGUAGUGCUUCGGAACCUUCUCUACAUCGAGCGUCACACACAGAGGACUUGAAUCCUUUAGCCCUAACAUCAACAAGAUUGUUUGCUUGCUAACAAUCUUCAAGUGAGAAUGCUACAGAAAGCUGUGCGAUUAUGUUUCUUUUGGGUGGUGUCGGCAACUGGAUAAUUUGCAGCAUCUGAUCAUACGCAAUCAAUCUUGAAAGCUGCUGUGGUUCAGAUUUAAUAUUAUAAUAACUGGUAAUCCAUUUCAUGAAAUGCGUGGAAUCCUGCCUGCAAGACCCUUUUCAGAAAUUGUCAAACACUUGACUCAACAUAGACUUGCUGUGGCCGUAUUCUCAGACCAACAGCCUGCUUUCCCUGCUUAUCUCAGGCUUCAGACAGUGGCACAAAAUGACUGAAAAUAAGAUGGGUAUAUUUUGACAAGAAUAAUAUAGCCUGCUACACGAUGAGCCAAGCAACAAAGGUGACAUUUCUGAAGAAAAGAAAAAAAGAUUUUAAUUGAUUUAGUAAAUGCAAAGAAUAAUGGUGGACUUUUCUGAUAAACUGAUUAAAUAUGUUGAUGUGAUUAUAAACAAUUAGGCAUAUUUGGGCUUUAUUUUUUUGCUGAUGAGUGGGGAUAACAUGUUUGGAUACCUGAACAUUUGGUGCCAGUCCCAUGUAUUUUACUCGUUAAGGUUUGCAUAUAAUUCUGUACAAAUUGCAAUGUUCUUGGAUUUUCCAAUUCGGAACCUUUGAAAACCUGCUGCGUUCUGUAAUUAUUUUCUUACACAUCAAAAUCCCAACCAGUUAUAGAUGUACUGUUAUGGUACUAUUAAACAAAAAACCCAAUUUUAAACAGAAGGGCA